ACCUCAUCACAUCGAACUAAUCAACUUCAAACCAAGAAUUUUUCGUGGAUCCUAAAAGCAUGAAGCAGCAACACCACUUCGUUCUCGUGCACGGCGUAUGCCACGGUGCGUGGUGCUGGUUCCAUGUCAAGCACCGGCUAGAGUCGGCCGGCCACCGCGUCACACCGCUGAACCUCGCCGGUGCAGGCACCAGCACGAAGUCCAUCUACGAUGUCCACUCAUUCCGUGAGUACAACGAGCCGCUCUUGGAGUUCAUGGCCUCGCUCGAGCCAUCCGAGAAGGUGAUCCUUGUGGGACACAGCUUGGGCGGCAUGAGCUUGGCUCUCAUCGCCGACAAGUUCCCCGAGAAGAUCUCAGCCGCUGUUUUCCUGACAGCACUAAUGCCGGACACCACGCACCAGCCGUCUCUUGUGUUAGAACAGUUUCGUUCGAGCAUUCCAGAGCAAGAGUGGCUGGACACUCAAUUCAAAACCUUUGGAAAGACAGAAAAGCUGUUGACUUCCUUCUUAUUAGGGCCCGAAUUCCUGGCGGCUCGGGUCUACCCGUUAUCUCCCAAGGAGGAUCUAGAGCUUGCUAAGAUCAUGAUGAGGCCGGGGUCGCUCUUCAUAGAAGACCUGGCUACGGCGGACAAGUUCACCGGCGAAGGGUACGGCUCGAUCGUGCGGGUGUACGUCGUGUGCAAGCAGGACCUCGUGAUCCCGGAGGAGUUCCAACGGCGGAUGAUGAAGAACGGCGGGGCCCAGCACGUGAUGGAGAUCGACGGUGCAGGUCACAUGCCCAUGUUCUCCGAGCCCCAGAAGCUGUGCGAUUGCCUCCUCGAAGUGGCGGCCAAAUAUACCUGAAGUGCUGUUUCUUUUCCUUAUCUGAUGAUUUGCAUUGUUAGUCCUAAAACGGUGACGCCUCUGCAAGCUUUAUGCAAGCAAAUGUUGGUUGAAUAUGCUAUUUGGCCUUUAAUUAAUAGCUUUAGAUAAAUCUGGGAUAAUUCUUCUAGACUUCAUGUCUAGUAUAUGAUUAUGUUUUGUGAUAUUAAGAUCACUUGUCAAGAUGAUUCUAUUGGUUACUUCUAAUUUGAGUAACUCUCUAAUUCAUGGA